AUGGCGCUCGCCUUCCCGUCGCUCAUCUCGACCGUCGCUCCGCUGCCAUCGUCCCUUUGGAGCGCCAACCUCUCGGCACCGUACCCGACGAACGCGCCGUGGCAGAACUUCGUGCUGGGCGACGGCAGCGGUCCCGAGGUCGUGCCGCCCUACGCCGUCAAGAGCAGCGACGGGCGCAUCGCGUGGGGCGCGCCGCCAAGAGACGCGCAGCCGGGGUUUAUUAUACAGGCGUUCGUGGCGACGCUCAUGCUCUCCACGCUCGAGGGCCUCUCCACCCACCAGGUCGCCUCCUACGAUGACACCUCUGUCACCCUCGCCUACUCCCCCUCCUCCUCCACCUCCUCCGCGCCCGUGCUGACGGUGCCGCUGGUGCGCGGCAGUCCGUACCUCACGUUCCUGUUCGCCUCACCGGGGGCCACACCUGUGAUCGCCACGGACGAUGCCAUCACGGAGGUGCAGUCCACGGCUGACGGCAGCAAGCACCGACUCACCUUCAACAAUGGACAGACGUGGCUGCUGUACGCGUCAGCGCCCCUCACCUUCUCGCUCCACAACAGCACGCUCACCGCCACGUCACCCUUCACCGGCACGCUGCGCGCCGCGCUGCUCCCUGGGAACUCCCCGGCGGAGGAGGAGGCGGUGCUGGACGCAUAUGCGGGCGCCGUGGUGGUGGGGGGUGAUGUCAAGGUGCAGCCGUGGCGCGUGAAGUACACGUGGAAGGUGGCGCCGUGGGGUAGUGGGACUGCUGCUACUGAUGGGACUGCUGUGCCGCUCAUGCUCGCCCUGCCAAUUCAUCGGCGCAUGCAUCUCAAAGCCUACUCCCCCGCCUCCUCCACACCUCCCCCUGGUGUCAACUUCCCGCCCGUCACCCCCACGCCUCCCCCCAUCACCUCUCCCCCUUCUUCCGCCCCUGCCUCCGCACCUGCUUCCGCCCCUGCCUCUGCCCCUUCUUCCGCCCCCGCCUCUGCCCCCGCCUCUGCCCCCGCCUCUGCCCCUGCCUCUACCCCCGCCCCCCCGUCUAUUCCUCCCCCCUGCACCCCCACCCUCCCCCUCACCGCCGUCUCCCUCUCCGCCUCCUCCUUCCUUGCCGCAUCUUCCGGAGGAGCAGCAGAAGCCAUCACACCAUCCGCAGAACAAAUCGCCCCAUCUCUGCUACAGCCCCCAUCAACAUCAGCAGCAACCCCGAACCCCCAUGUGCUGGUCUACCCCACGCUAGACGGCCCAGCAGUGGGCGUAGCAGGCAGCAGGUGGGAAGUGAAGGUGCCUCCUCUGCACGCCUCCUGGCACUCGCUCCGCCUUUCCUCCGAUCCCGCCCUCCGCCUCUCCCUCCGCCUCGCACUACAGACUGACGUCGCCGCCCUCACCCCCAUCACCACCACCUCCACCUACUUCUUCGGGAAAACCGCCGCCCGCGCCGCCCGGCUGGCUCUAAUUGCGGAGCAACUAGGCGAGAAAGCAGCAGCAGGGAAGGCGGUAGCAGUGGUGCGGGACGCCCUAACCGCAUGGUUCAACGGGUCGUUCGCGGGAAACUCUCUCCUCUACGACCCGGCGUGGGGCGGCAUUGUGAGCAUGAGCGGGGCGGCAGACACGGGGGCGGAUUUCGGCAUGGGGUGCUACAACGACCACCAUUUCCACUUCGGCUACUGGCUGUACGCCGCUGCAGUAGUAGCCAAAGCGGAUCCUGCAUGGGCCAUGACCCACCGGCACUCUGUCCUCAACCUUGUCUCUGAUAUCAUGUCUCCGCGUGCCACUGCGGCGUUCCCCAGGUUGAGGCAUUUUGAUUUGUACGCACUGCACUCGUGGGCGAGUGGGCUGUUUGAGUUUGGCGACGGGAGGAAUCAAGAGAGUUUCAGUGAGGCGGUGAAUGGGUACUAUGCGGUGGCGCUGCUGGGGCAUGCGUUUGGGGAUCUGCACCUGGCGAAUCUGGGCGCCACGCUGGCUGCUGUGGAGGCUGUGGCUGCACAGACGCUCAUUCAGGUGCCUGAGAGUGCUGAUGGCGGUGGUGGUGCAGCCCUCGCAGCAGCUGCCACGUCCACCUCUCCAAACUACGAUCCAAUCUUCGCCGCCCCAAACCGCCUCCUCGGCAUGGUGUGGGCGGCGAAGCGCGAUGCGGGGCUGUGGUUCGCAGCAGCAGAGCAGACGGACAAGCGCGUGGGCAUCCAAGUGCUCCCCGUCACGCCCUUCCUCGCCCGCCUCUUCCCAGACCCUGCCUUCAAUCGCCAGGUGGUGCAGUGGGUGCUGCCUGUGCUGGGAGGGGACGGCACCACGGACGAGUGGCGGGGGUUUGCAUGGGCGCUGCAGGCCACGUAUGACCCUGCUGCUGCGAGGGAGAAUAUCGAGGCGCUGACAGCGUUUGACGAUGGGAAUAGCAAGACCAACAUGCUCUGGUGGCUUGCUGCCAAUACUGCUUAG